AGAGCAUACGAUUUUUACAGAGCUUUCCCUUAAGGCAUUCAACAAGAUGCCUGAAUUUUUGAGCCGCGUUAAUGAGUUUCUGCACCAUGAACUGGAAGAAGAGGAACACCAUGGGCAUAUGAGUUUCGAGGAACAAGAGCAACACCAUGAUCAGAUGAGUUUCGAGGAACCUGCAGUGAAGACAAGUGUUAAAGGGCGCCCAAAAGCGAAUAUCCCGCAUAAAUGGUGUUAUUGGGAGAAGUAUACUGUUGGUUCAGGGAGAUCGCACAUGAGCACAUCCUCGCCUACAUAUGAUGAUAGUCGUGAGCAAAGAGGAUGGAGGACGGAUUUUCAUUCAUAUCAGUAUCGGCAAUCUAUUCCAUUUUUUAUGGUUCCUUUCGUUCGGGGGUACCUUGAUGUGAGGGGAGAUGGGAACUGUGGGUUCCGAUGUGUGGCAGGGUAUAUUCGAAAUUUAGAAGAGGAUUGGCCAUUGGUCCGAACAACUAUUAUUCAAGAUCUUAUUAAAUGGCCGGAUUUAUCUGAUCCUUCGUAUUACUAUAAUAGGGAACAAAACAUACGACGGUUAAGGUGAUUGGUAGGUGGAUACUUUCCGUCACAUUAUAUGGAAUGCACACAAGAGUUGUACGCAAUUGCUACUAUCUGGAAUGCUGUAAUUUUUCUGUUCGGUCUCGGGAAUACAUUAGACGUGGAUCUGGGUUUUUAUUAUUUGACAGUGUUGCCCCUUACUGACCGAGGAGACGCCAGAAGACCAACUUGUGAGAUUGUUCUUGUUCACCUCGACUGUGUAGAUCAUUACAUUUGUGUUGAUUUCGGUAGUGAUUUUCCUGUACCUCCUGUACAUCAUUAUUGGUUUGGGUGGCGUAACAACAAUAUUGUAGGCUGGGAAGGUGAGUACCACUCUAGGAUGACAGAGUGGAAUAGAUUAUCUAGAUCUAGUUAGUAGUUGCA